AUUUUGUUCACAAUAAACUGUUUUAAAGUCACAUGAAACUCAUACUUGCAUACAGGUCUUUGCGUGAAUAGCUAGACUGCGUGGGCUGGGAAAGACACUUGACUGAGUGUCACAAUCGAUCGUCGGUGGCAUUAUAAAUACGUGAGGUCACACCACGAAACUUUUAAUGAGUUCUGGGGGUAGCCUGAAGAAGAUGGAGCUCUGCAAAAUGUAUCAUCUUUGUAUUUUAGUCGCCUUGUCUUUAUCAGUGGCUGUUGCAAAUCGAGCUAUUAAACCUCCUCAUAUUCUGCUCGUGGUAGCUGAUGAUCUUGGCUGGAGUGACGUUGGAUUUCAUGGUUCAAAAAUCCAAACGCCGAACAUUGACCAGCUUGCCUCAGAAGGAGUCAUUCUUGACAACUACUAUGUUAUGCCGAUUUGUACGCCGACGAGAAGUGCACUCUUAACGGGAAUGUACCCAAUUCACACUGGUGAGUUGCCUUUCGUUUCAUUAAAGAUAUUAACCCUAAACAAAGUUCACGCUAGCCGAGAUUGAUGAUAUACAUAAUUGCUGUAGUAGUAGACUUUCUACUAUAAAAGCGAAGAAAAUCAGUGACGAAGCCCUACAAGCCAGAUGCUUUGGCUGCACUUAAUUCGAGAAAUCACCUAUGCGACGUCACGAAAAGGGUCCUCGCUCAUUAAGGGAGGGAAGAAAACAAAUUUUAGGGGAGGAGGGGGUGGAAAAUCUCAGUUAACCGUUAGAUUUUAAUCUAUUUAUCAGAUUUAUCAACGAAGAGGACAAAUUAUUUUUUAAACCGCCUAAAAGUACGUUAGAUCUCAGACAUCAGCUACUAGUUAAGACUCGCAGAGAGCUAAUGCAUUGCCAGACAAACUACACCCUUACUUAUAUUUCUACCAGUGAUAAAGAGGGGGUAUGCAAAUGAGCCAUCAAAUUUUGUGUUGAAAAGGAACGAGGACACACAUCAAGACGCAACAUUUUUGGGUGGAAGUGUUAAGACCCCUCCACGUUUUCUUUUUCUUAAUGAAACCAUAACAGAAUGUAGCCUUUGCCCUUUUAAUACCAUCAGUUUAUAUCAUGCAUCAUUAUUUCUUUCAAAGGCUUGCAGCACUUAGUUCUCUUUCCAUCGAGUCCUUAUGGAUUGUCGACUAACUUUACCACUUUACCUCAGAAGCUCAAAGAAUCAGGUAUUUUAUUAAAUCAUAGGCUCUAGUUCAUAAUAAAAAUGAACGAUGUCAGGCUGGCAUCAAUCUCUGUUUUAGUUUGUAACAUCAUCUUUCUACCGCGAGACGGAAUGUUCGCCUAAUUAAUUAACUAUUUAAAGGACAAGUUUACUCCAUUUUUUUUCUGGUCACAGAUAAACCUUACCAGUUGGCAUUGUUUUUAGUUACUGGCCUUUUUCGUUAAAUACGCCUUCAAAGUCGGUAUGAUCAUGCGUGACGUCAUCCCUCCGUCCACGUGAAAUUAACCGAAUGUCAAGUCAGCCAGAAAGUGUGGCACUAUUUCCAUAUAUUUUUUUUGUUAAGCGAUAUCAAUAACUCCCGUCACCUAAGCAUUGAUGACUAUUUCUAUCACCACUACGUACUGUUUACAUUUAUCUUAAUUUUGUUAAAGGUUAUGCCACACACAUGGUUGGUAAAUGGCACCUUGGCUACAACAAGUGGGAGAUUACACCAACAUAUCGUGGUUUUGAUACAUUCUAUGGUUUUUACAAUGGUCAGGAAGACCAUUACUCUCAUAAAGUAUUAGACAUCCUAGACCUUCGAGACAACGAGGAGCCAGUGAGGGACCUGGAUGGAACAUUUGGUACAUUUGCUUUUGCGGAGGUAACGUCUGAAGCUUUUCACUGACUUUUUGCGUGCGCAUAAAAGUCGAGGUUGUAUUGACCUUGCAGUCUGUGAGCACUAGCUCCCGAGGAAGGGUGGUGAGGGAGACAUGGGCCUCUCCCUCUUCCCACCCUGUCUGCUCGCUCUUUCUGCUACCUUUCUUGUACGCGAGUGUAUCGAAUACUGAUAAGAUGUUAACUCAAUUAAUGCAUCUAUUUAUCUCUCUAUUUUAAAGAAUAAGAAACGCACUGACCGGUUUUGCGUCUGCUUAGUCUGUUUGUGAAAGUGUAGCACGCUCAAUGUUUUGACAAAUUUUCAUGUUCCUUUUAACAGCGAGCGAAGAAGGUCAUCGAGUCACAUAAUUCUUCCGCUCCCUUGUUUUUGUAUAUGGCAUUCCAAAAUGUCCACAUUCCACUCCAAGUCCCAAAACGGUAUUCCGACAAGUACAGCUUUAUUGAUAAUGAAGAUCGCAGGACUUAUGCUGGUAUGGUGGAUAUUUUGGACGAAGCCGUUGGCAACAUUACACAGGCCAUGAAGGAUGCUGGGUAUGAUAAGUGCUUUGCAUGUAGAGUAAUAUAUGCCGCCGUGUAGGUUGUCUCCCAAUAUAAAUGAAAGGAUAAGAAAAAGUUAUCUAAUAUGCCGUAUCGGAUUGACCCUUUCACUCCAAGAAAUAGUCAAAUUGAGAAUUACAAAUAAAGGGGAAAAAAAGAUAUAAGGUCACGAAUGGUCACGCCAUACCACUGUCUGCAGUUUCAUUUCAAAGUACGUUACCUGCCUCCAUAAAUUGACCAUGGGAGUGACACAUAUGAAAGUGGCUCGUGUUUUCAUCCUUUCUCUAUCACUUAUACCCCAUAAAAUAAGCCAAUCACUGGAGUAUAACAGCUUCCAUAUCUUUACAGUCAUUCAGUUUGAGUUACGCCUUGUAAUUUAACGUUAGUUACUAUUGCUUCUUAGAUUGUGGGAGGACACCCUCAUGGUUUUCACUACUGAUAAUGGAGGAUGGCAUAAUCAUGGUGGAUUCAACUGGCCGCUUCGAGGGGAGAAGACAACUUUAUGGGAGGGAGGGGUUAGAGGGGUAAGUUUUGUCCAUGGAAACAUGCUUGGUAGAAGAGGAGAGAAAUGUGAAGGCCUCAUGCAUGUUACAGACUGGUUUCCAACAUUGGUCAAUAUUGCAGGUAAACACGUGCUUAAAAAUUAGCAAAAAGUUAAACAAAUAGAUAAAUCUGUAAAGAAGUAUCAGACAGUUACUAGUAUUGAUCAUACGAUUGACCAGCGCUUCCAUGAUGUGUUGCUGCUUGUUCUGUGGGGGAGAAAGGGUGGCGCAGCGGUGAGAGCUCUCGCCUCUCACCAAUGUGGCCCGGCUUAGACUCCAGACGUCGAUGCCAUAUGUGGGAACAGUUUGUUGUUGGUUCUCUCUCUUUUGUUCCGAGAGGUUUUUCUGCGGCUACUCCAGUUUUCCCCUCUCCUCAAAAACCGACAUUUCCAAAUUCCAAUUCGACCAGGAUCACGUAGACGAAGAACCACUUAGUGGAUGCGCUACCUCUAAAACGUUAUUCAUUUAACUAUUUAAUUAUUGUUAUUUGUUCUAAGCCGUAUUAUCGAAUAUUUUCAACCGUUUUUCUCUAUAUUCCUACAGGUGGUACUCUUGAUCAAGCACCAACUCCGCUGGAUGGUAUGAAUCUGUGGAAUACCAUUUCCAAUGGCGAUCCGUCACCUAGAAAGGAAAUACUUCUCAAUAUUGAUGUGGAGCCUCAAACGGAAAAUUCGUUUAGAAAAUUAUCGACUGACAUCUACGAAGGGAUUGCUCUGAGGGCAGGAGACAUGAAACUUCUUUUGAGUGUUCCUAAUGCCUCAUGGUAUAAACCCCCGGAGCUCGGUGGAGAUUCAAGUAUGAGGCAAUACACACCCUUUGAUAAAAACGACAGGCUCGGCUGGUUUCAAGAUGGAGCAAAGGUAUUUAGUAGUAAAGAUAUCUUCCUGUACGUCAGGCGGCUUAGACCCCGCCGUAUCCUUCUAAUACAUGUAAGUCGAUUUAGACUGACAAAAGAAAGAAGAUGAGUGGAAGAGAAAAAAAAGUAAAAUGAUUGACACUAUUAUAAUUGUAUCAGAUGCAUCACCGUAACGGCUUAAUCAGUGAAUCAACUCGGCUAUAUACAGAUAUACAGUCCCCAAAAGGUGGAUAAUUCUAUCCACGGGACAAAGGACAAAUCUGUAUCCCCUGAAUAGCGCAAUUGGUAUCCGGUACACUUAUCUGCUGUAAAGUGAUUUAUCCGGUGGGUAGCGCUAUCGAAUGUUUUACAAUCAGGGCCAGAAAUUCAAACAUGACGCCUGGCCUGAUGGCCCGUUGACUCGAAAUAUAUAUAUCGUUUCUUAACCGGGAUUUUAGUAGCCUGAAUUUCAUCCGAUUACUUCGAGUCGUUAUUACUCCCUUAGAGAGGAGAAAAAGCGACUAGAAGCAAUCGGAUGAAUUUCAGGCUAGGAUUUUAACGAAAUUUUAAAGCUUAUAGAAUAUUACAGGUCCAGUUACGCUUACCCGAAACAACAAGCCAUGACAGUCUAUAAGGAAGUAAACCAAAAUGUUAAUUACAAUAUUUACCCUAAUUAGGGAUAAUUAGCAAGACAAUUGGCCUUCAACAUCAAGUUUUGUUGUAACACAUACUAGCAGACCCAGAGCUACUCUUACUUCAGAAACUAUCAAUGAAAUUAAUUAAUUUGUCAGUUCAGGGAAAAAGUUCGAUUUAUUCAUCAGACCACAGGGGGAACUCUGCAAGUUGCACUGUACAACAUAACCGCUGACCCAACGGAACACGACGACCUCAGCGAGAAACUUCCAGACGUGGUAAAGGAAAUGAAAGAACGAGUGCAGGAUUACAUGAAGGGGGUCGUGCCUCCACCCACCAAAACUAAAGACCCUAAAGCUCUUAUAAAAGCAUUGGAGGAAGGCAUUUGGACGCCUUGGCAAGACUAA